GCGCUAAUUCUUUUCAACAGUUUCUUGAUAGGCAAUAAGGAAACGCGAGGUCGCACAUCCCGUUGUACAACUUGGAACCCCGUAAACGGAAGUCGGCGAAACUUACAAAAACUCUUGUUUCCUUGAACGAUUUUUUAAGAAACCCCAAAUGAUCUAUAAUUCCAAUAUUUGUAGAUUGAAUUUGUUUUGCUAAGAGCUUACGUAAACAUUUGUGAAUUCAGGUUAUUGUAAUUAGGGUCGAUAUCAAUCCCCAGGCGUUGUGUUUUUUGGGGGUACGUCAGUAAACAAUUUCGGUAACGCAUCGGGUACGGAAACGGUAACACUACACGCAGACUAUUUUCAACGUUCACGGCAGGACAGCGUCGUGGUACGGUAGAAUAGUGGUUAAAAACAAACCCAUGUCUCCCACACUAUCCAGUUGUAUAUAAGCCACGAGACUGCUGGAGUUAGAUCAUAACAUCAUCACUGCUCUUUGGAAAACUUCCACUUUCUCUCGGUAAAGAUGACAAAGUCCUUCCUUUUCAGACUUUUAGCUCUUGGGAUCGUUUUAUGUUGUAGUGUCACCGCUAGAAAGUCACGCAAAAAAGACAAGAAAUGCCAGAAUGGCAGAACUUUACAUAUUGGUUUCGACCACAUCAUCAAGAAAUCCCAGGACUGUGAUUACAGAGUUCAAGUAACAUUGGAGACUCGAUUGUAUUCGAGUAACUCUGGUCGACAUUUACAGAUCCACAAUUCAGGCCGAGUUGAUGGCUUAGGAAGAGAAAACUCACCUUUUGCUAAUGUUUCCAUCGAGACGAUUUCGUUCAGCAUUGUACUCAUACGUGGAGUUAAAAGUAACCUUUAUCUUUGUAUGGAUAAAAAUGGAACGCUAAAAGGUUUAAGGAAGCGAAGAAGACAGAUGCCGUUGAGAAGAUGCAGGUUUAGAGAGCACGAAUAUUCUGGCUACUACAUGUAUCAGUCUGACUUGCACCGCGAUUGGUUUCUGACAGUGAACAAACGCGGUAAAGUCUUGAAGGGUCCUCGAGGACAAUUUAAGUUAAAAGCUAAAUUAUUUCUGCAAAGAGAUUUUGAAGAAGUAAGCAACGACGGAAAUUUCUACAGACAACGAAAGAAAUUAGGAAAAGCUCGUACAAUGAAGAAAAUCAAACGCAUAAUGCGUAAAAAGACAAAGAGGUUGUAAUUAAUUCUCACUGGAGUGGAACUUACUUUUGAUAUGGAGAAGUAUCUCCUAAUAUGGAGAAUCAACUCCAUAUAUGGUUAAUUAACUCUAUUUAUGGAGAACUUGCUGGGAUCAGAGAUCAAACCAGAGAUUUUAACCUUAUAUGGUCAAGUAACUCUUUAUAUGGCGAGGUAUCUCCUUAGAUUGACAAAUAACUUCUUCAUGGAGAAGUACAUGGGAAUGGUGUCUCUCGAAGCUCGUUCUUUGCUUCCCAGUCCUCUCGAAGAUCGACAAAAUUCCUGUCCAAGCCGUACAAAUCAGUCAUAGCCGUGAAAGAAUACAACUUUGAACUUUCACUGAAAGAGCUUUAGUGCCAGUUAUAAUAUAUAAUUGAGUUUUUUUGCAAAAUUGACUUGUUUAUCUUAAUACAUUGACAUUGUGAUCUUGUACAUAUUUGUUGAAUGAAACUGCAAUAAUGACAUUGUCAAAAAUAUCAACCCUCCCAUCCCGUGAUUGUCGCUUAUUCACCACAGGUAGUCCAAAACAUAAUAGCUUAUCAUUAUGUUGUAUCUAUGAUGUGAAACUUAGAAACAAAUACACCUUCAACGAACAAUGUUGGCAUACAUGGAUUGGCGAAAAUUCUACAAUAGUCAAAAGUGAGUGCUGUUCAGGUUUGUUUUCUAUGAAGAACAAGCAUAUUUUCCAGAUAGGUCUUUAAUUACCUCAAGUAACACCCAACUUAUCUAAUAAUCUUCUAAAGCAUCCUCCUCGACGCGGACGACAUUAAUUUCGCAAAGACUUUUCCGCCAUAUUCAAUAUUUUAAUAUUUUAAUUUAUUAUUUUAAUGAAAUAAUUUCAUCGAUACCAUGAUGCACUUCGUCAAAACAUGACGUCAUUAUUAGUGGAAAAAUACCGCUGAUAUAGCCAGUGUUACAUCCGGAAUUUCUGUCUAAUUUCMGUCGGAAAUAAAUGAAAAAGAUACUGGGAUACCUGUGCGUGUUUCAGACGCUGGAUGAAUGAUAAAGCCUACAAGAGCGUAUAACUUUCUCCAUUCCCAAAGUGCAUUUCGCCGAUCAUUGCAUGACGUCAUAAUGGAAAGGAGCACUGGUCCUUGACUUAGACCAAUCCAUUUUGAUUUAAAAUUGAUUUGUGUAGUACGGGUUUUCUCCGAUCUUUUGGUUAU